AUGUAUCAACGCGGCAACGCUCCCACGUCGUCCAAUUGGGUUUUCGGUAUCGUUGAACGCCACACCCGUAAAUGUGUGCUCUACAUCAUGAAAGAUCGGAAGCGAACGACGUUGCUCCCGCUCAUACAACGACCUGUACAAGAUGGCAGCACCAUCUAUUCCGAUGAAUUCGCCCGCUACAAAUCUUUACGUCGGCUCGGCUACGAUCAUCAAACCGUCUGCCACAAGACCGAGUUUCUUUCCCCGGACGGAGUGUGCACGAAUACCAUUGAAGGCCUCUGGUCUGAGGCAAAGCUGCGCAUCAAGCACAUGCACGGCGUCAGGACGAGUAUGUUUCCAGGUGUGCUCGAUGAGUUCAUGUACCGCUGUGACACUCCCCAGUUUGCACAGAUAUACGUCCAUGACCCUGACCAUGACCAAGAGGAGGCACACAUUCGCCUUGGACACAUGCACCUACCUGCCAGCACUACCAUCAUCCAGCGCAACAUGUUGUUAACUUUGCUGCAGUCUCUUCAGCUUCAACUUCGGCAAUGCAACCCCUAUGUGCAAGAUUUCAUCCAGGCCUGUGACAUACCUGCAGCUGAACUUGGUCAAGUCAACUUUGUCAUCAGCGAGAGUGCCAGACCUCUAGGAGAGCAUGUCAGACGGUACAACCGCAGCUUUAAGGAAGUGUCAGUCCUGAUGGCAGAUGCACCUGGCAAAAAUGACUUUGUACUUCAUAUGAGGGAAAGAGCAUUGCAGACCUUACAAUACACACACCGCGCCACCGACCCACUUUACUAUAUCUUGCUUUUUCCUCGCGGCACAGAUGGCUGGCAUCUUGGGCUAUGCCAUGUUAACCCACGGACAGGAGAACCAGUCAAUAAGCGCAUGGUGUCAAGAGAAUUCUACACGUACCGCCUCCAGCUCCGCCAAAACCAGUCAGAUGCCCUAUUUCGAGCAAAGCGCCUGUUCCAAGAGUACUGCUGCAUGGCCUUUGCAACAGCAGAGAACCAGCGCCUCUUCUAUCUAAAGAACAACCAGAAGAAGCUGCGUGCUGAGCUCUACAACAACAUCUGUGACAUGGUUCAUGCUCACGAUGCAGCUGGCAAGCCAGGAGAUCCAGCAUUUGGUAAACCUGUCAUCCUGCCACCAUCAUUUGCUGGGGGACCACGUGAAAUGCACCGCCGAUUUCAAGACGCCAUGGCCAUUGUUAGGAAGUAUCACAGGCCUGACCUCUUCAUCACCAUGACCUGCAACCCUGGCUGGAAAGAAAUCAAGCAUGCGCUGCUUCCAAACCAGACCCCUACUGACAGACUUGACAUCGUCGCUCGGGUAUUCAAAGAGAAACUCAGGGCAUUCCUUGAUGAAAUCAUCAAAGAUGGCAUCAUUGGUAAGGUCACCGCUCACUUAUAUGUUGUCGAGUUUCAGAAGAGAGGUCUACCUCAUGCUCACAUCCUCAUCAUCCUUCGACAGGACUGCAGGCUGCACAAAGCUGAAGACGUCGACAAGGUAGUCUGUGCCGAGCUCCCACCUGACCCCUUAAGCUUUGAAGAGGGCUCUCUGCAACGUCAGCAGACGCAACGCCUCCAGAAUAUCAUCUUGCAGUGCAUGCUGCAUGGUCCCUGUGGUUCGCAGUACGCAAAUGCACCCUGCAUGAAGAAUGGAAUGUGUGACAAGGGCUACCGGAAGGCCUUCAACAAGGAAACAGACUGGAACACCCAUGAGACAUACCCGACGUACCGAAGACGUUCCCCUCAGCAAGGCGGUCGACAAAUCUUCUACAAGAAUCGCAAAGUCGACAAUAGCUGGGUUGUCCCAUACAACCCCUACACAAGCACAAGGUAUAAUGCGCACAUCAACUGCGAAGCCUGCUGCUCAGCACUUGCAGCAAAGUACCUUUUUAAGUACGUACACAAGGGUCCCGAUCGUGCAAUGAUGCACGUGCAAGGUUCAGAAGAACACACACGGACAUCUGUGCAUGUCAGGGAUGAAGUCACCGACUAUUAA